AUGAAAAAAAGGCAGAAGAUCGAGCAACAAAAAAGCAACAUAAUAGCCCUCACGCAGAGGCCGUUUAUUGGGGUCAGCAGCGCAAACGCGCUGACUGUUUUUGAGAUGAUCCACCGAGAGCAGGUCAAAACCGCAGAGGGGUGCCAGGCGAAAAGAAGGGGGGCAGGAGGAGGAGGAGAGGAGAGGAGGAGGAGGAGGGGGUGGUGGAAAGGAAAGGGGGGGGGUGUCCGAAAUUCCGAAUUCCGAAAUAAACAUCAACGCGACACCUCGUUUGAAAGACGUCUGCAGCGGGAAGCAAAAGGGAUCCGCAAGAUGGAUGAGGUGUCACAAGAGGAGCGACUCCAGGCCAUCGCUGAGAAGAGGAAGAAGCAGACGGAGAUUGAAAACAAGAGGAGGCAGCUGGAUGACGAUCGACGGGAACUCCAACAUCUGAAGUCGAAGGCACUGAGGGAGCGCUGGUUGCUGGAUGGAGCUCCUGCAGAAGAGGAGACGCAGAAGCGACUGCAGGAGGACGAGAUGAAGACCAAACUUCUGGAGCAGGUCAUCCUCAAACUGGAGGAAGAAAUCGACGAGUUGGAGACGGGCGAGCCAGACAAUAAAGGUGUGGUCAAAGAAAAUGGAGGUGAGAACGGGGUGGUGCAGAACUCCGGCCAGACGCCCAAGAGAGAGGUGACGGGCAUUGAAGCCAAGCUGCUGGGUCCCAGUCCCGACCAGGCCAGCGCAGACAACCCCGUCACCCUGGUGUUCAUGGGCUACAAGACCGUGGAGGAGGAGCAGGAGAGCCGCGCCGCCCUGGGCAUGGAGGGCGUGGACGGCAACGUGAAGGCCGAGUUUGUUGUGAUUGAGGAUGGGGAGGGGAAGGCGGGAGCAGACGCAGCCACGGAGGAGCAGGCCCCGCCCAAUGGCAGUAUGGCAGAGAAGGAGAAGGCCAACGGAGGUGGGGAAGAUGGAGAGAAGGAAAAAGAGAAGAAACAGAGCUGCAAAUGCUGCGUGGUCAUGUGAGCUGGCAUGUGUGCGUGUUUGUGUGUGUGCGUGUGUGUGUGUGUGUGUGUGUGUGUGUGUGUGUGUGUGUGGCUGGAUGUGUAUGGAUGAGUACACACCUGCACCCGUGCAGGCCUGCGUGCUGUUGCAUGAGUCUAUAUUUGCAGAUGUGUGUUAAUCUGUGUUUGUGUGAAAGUGCGUGUGUGUGUGUGUGUGUGUCAGAACUGAGAGAAAAAUAAAAAAAAUUAAAUAAAAAAUAACGAGAGCCGAAGUACAGUUACACAGCCAAUAUACCAACAACGAGAGCCAAAACCCGCUCCAGCUACAAGAACUCAAAGACUCAUAAGUACACUUUACUAUAUAUACUUUCUCUGACGCGUAUUUGACCUUUGAUUUCUAUUGAUAUUUUUCUAUUUUUCUGUCUUGACAUUUCUAUUGUAUUCAGUAUGUAUAUCUUUAUUAUGGGACUGUGUACUGUGUGUUCAUUGUUAUUAUGUUGGAAAAAAGAAACUAUUGGCUGUCUGGAUUGUACCGCUACCCAAUGGGAUAUAAAAAAAAAUAAAAAUCUGGAAACUAAACAAUUUAAAUCAAAUCUGCAAACUAUGAAGGACACAGAUACUAUAUAUAUAUAUAUAUAUAUAUAUAUAUAUAUAUAUAUAUAUAUAUAUAUAUAUAUAUAUAUAUAUAUAUAUAUAUAUAUAUAUAUAUAUGUAUAUAUUUCUCUGUGUGGUCCAACCAACCUAUUUAUCACUCAAUUUCAUAAUGCAAUAUUGUCUAAGACAUUAUUUUGAAUAGUAUUUUAAUAUAUUGAUAUGAAAUUAUGUUUUAUACAACGUAUUUAUUGUUUUUUGGUUCUCUAUAUCAUCUCCAAACCAUUAACUGCAUGUUAGCUUGCGAGCACCACCAGACUACACUCAUGACAAGUGUCUGUGCUUUCGUGGACUCCUGUGUGCUCAUAUCUUUAGUCACGCGAGUCGUUCUGUCAGUGACGGUGAAUAUAAUUGCAGUGUUUAGAGGAACGCAUCAAAAAGAGGCACCUAGAGCCGCUGGCCGCGUUGCAGAUCACGUUAGCUGAAUGCCAGAGUCCAUGUGUGGCACGUGUACACGACGAUCACGGCUUUUGUGUUGUUUGAAUAAGAUGGGCUCUUAAAGGCUGAAGUGGUUCUGUUGGCUCGGCAGCAGAAUCCAUGUAGAUUUCAGCGACGUGGCACUGCAUGAAGCCUUGCAGCUUUUUCACUUAUUAGGUCUUUGUUAUUUCACUUUCACUUUUGAAUGUAAAUCCAGGGGUUAAAUUGGGAUUUAUUCCAGCUUUUUUUUUUUUUCCCAGUUUACUGGGGAAAAAAAAGAGAAGCCUUUUGUCCUUUUAUGUACCAAAUAAAAUUCAAUGAUACUGUAACUUCACUGUGUUGUUGGACUGUUGUUGGUCUCUGUCCUGCCUGCUCCCAGUUUAACCCCUGACCACGCGUUUGUACACCUGGGCCCAGUCGCACCUGACGUGCACAAGUACUAAAGAGGAUGAGGGCGUUUUAAGGGACUUUCCAUAUAUAUAUAUAUAUAUAUAUAUAUAUAUAUGGGGACCUUAAAUCUUGUCAGCCUUAAAGUAUAAUAUGAAGAGUUAAAUUGUGCCCAGGUACCCAAGCUCAUUUUUGUCACAUUUAUUUUGUGUUUUUAAUUAUUUGUGGUCAUUUUUGAGGAGAAAAGCUGUUUUCAGACGAAGCGUGCAUGUCGACUGGAGCGGUUCAAGGCCCGGGACGCCCCCGGUCCUCCAGUCUCCUGCAUCGCUGACGCGUCCGCUCCCCCGGGUUCAUCCUCACAUCCUUUCACUCACCAACACCCCCCCCCCCCCCCAGCCCCUCUAGUCUCCCACAAGGGGGGACGAACAAUCCCAAAGUCAACGCAGAACUCCAUCCUCCAGCUGCCGUUCGAAUCGUUCCCUCCGUCUUGCUCAAAUUUAUCAGGUGAGGAGCCCCAGUUCUGCUACCUCCUGCACAUUCUCGUGGAGUAAGAAGGUAUUUUGCAAACCUCAGUGCCAGAUGCAAGCGCUCGAGUCCUGCCUGCUUUUGUUCCACCGGAGAAAUGAUCCCUUCUUACAUUCCAAAAGGAGGUCAGCAGGUGUGGACGGAUGAAGCAGGGCCUACGCCUCCCAGAUGUACAGCUCCACCACAUUUGUACAACCUCGUUUCUUAUAUUGAUUCAUGCCUUCUGUUUGUUGAUGUUUCUUUUUUUUUUGAUGGCCUCCUUGUAAAGGGCUGUAUAUUGUACUUGAUGUUUCUAUUUAAAAAAAAAAAGAACGAGAGAGCGAUGUCUUGUUGUAUUGUCGGUGCCUUCGUCAGGUUCAUUUGUCUGAUGCCAUUUUUAAAGUCGGAGGGGUUUUUUUCCUCGCUGUGCUCCUGGUUGCGAGGACCCACUGGAAACACUGCCUUCUGCUCAGAGGGAGCAGCGCACACCCGCGCCAGAACCGUAACACCUGUAGGUGACAUGCAGACUGCUGUUGGUGUCUUAAAAAAACAACUUUGUAUUCUAUAUUAACUUUUUGUUUAUUUCCAAAUGUAUUUUUCUUUUCUUUUUUAUCUCAACAUCUGCAAGAUGAUUACCCACAAUUUUACACUCUGAAGGGAUGCAACCAAUGCCCUAUGCCUAUAUGCACGUGUAUAUGCACAGUUUGUGUCUAUAUGCAGACAUGCAUCCAGACAAAAGACAUAUAUGUGCACAUUUUAUGAGCUGAAGCUUUGCUUAUUAGUGGGUCGCUGGGGCAGCAGCAGAAAAAAAAAGAAAA